AUGGCGGCGCGAGCUAUCGUCGACCCAUCGUCAUCCUGGGCGAGUCUCUUACCUCCAUCGCGGUCAAGGUCAAGGUCAAGGUCAAGCUCACGGGCGUGGAAGCCAAAACCGACCGGUGUACACCCCAACCACGAAUCUCGACUCCAAAUCCAGACGGGUUCGCGAGCAGGCCCACGAAGCACCACCUCCCUCGUAUCCAGCGGAUCCAGGAACACCACCACGACAACCCACUACAGCGGCGGCACCGUUCUCCGCCGUUAUAACAUCACCGCCAGCACCACGACAACAACCAACGGCGGUGACGCCAUUCUCCCGGACUACACCGCAUCACUAUCACAGCAACUUGCCUCCUCCCCUCCCCUUCUAUCCCUCUCCAUCCCAUCUUCCACACCCCCUCCAGUCCCGAUAGACUGGUGUACCCACCCCUCAGCUCCUUCCGACCAUCAUCAUCAUCCCUGUCCACAUGGCUGUGACCGCCCAGAGACACCCAUAACGAGCGUCUCCUUUCCUAUUUCCAACCCCGUCUCCCACCCUCUUACCGACCCGGUUACGGAACCAAUCUUUCCCUCUGAUCCUCUCGACAUAUUCCCGACCAACUCCACCUUUUCAGAAUCAGGGUUGAGAGCGAAGAGGUUAGCAUUAUUAAGGAGAAGCAGCAACUUUAGUAGGGAGUGGAGACAUGAUCCCAAGCGGAAUAAGAAGGCCCAGGAGGCGGCGAGGAGAAUCAUUGAGGGGUGUCAUCCACGGGAGAAGAAAGGGGGGAUGAGGGAUAGGGUUAAGAGGUGGGGGAGGGAGUUGGGGACUUUGAAAGGGUUGAGAGGUUCGAAGGAUGGGGGUGCUGCUGCUGCUGCUGCUGCAGGACGGAGAGGGGAAGAAGGGGAAAGGAAGAAGGAAGCGAGGUGGAGUUGGAAGCGCGGAUGGAAGGGAGAUAACGGACUGGGGGAAUCCGGAGGGCAUAAGUCAAAGGAGAAACCGGCGGCGGCAGCGGCUGCAGCAGCGGAGCAGACUCGGUGGCAGCUUGCACUUGGCCCUGGGGAUGAGACCACAAGUAUACCAGCACCUUCACCGGUACCAAAGCCGCCGCGAAACUCGGUGGUCAUGGAGCAGUUGUACAUGGCUGAGGGGAUUGGUGUUGGCUCGACCAAAACAAGUUCCGGCUCUAGGAGAAACCGCCUGGGGCAGGCUGAGGAGAAGGAUACGGCCAACCGGAAAUAUGCAAAUAAUGCAGGCCAAGGCAGGGAAGUGCAUGAGCAUGAGAAGAUGCAAAGCAAGCAGAAGAACCGGACCUCCGGACUUUGGAAGCGGGGCAUGGAAAAGGUUAAAAAGCUGCUGGUUUUGUCGACGGACAAAAGCAAGGCACGUUCAGCAAGUCGGACUGCAACAUCAACAAGGCCGUACAAUGCAGCAAAAGCAAAAAUUGUUGAUACGAGUCUCCUGCAUCCACACUGGAAGGGGAGGCACCUGGGCGAGGUGAAAGGUAUAAACGACCAACAUCCUUCUUCCGAGUCUCCAGCGGGAGCAUUUCUUCUUCCUUCAUUACUCCCACGUCCAAAACAUUCUUUUUCAAAAUCAGCAACUAUGGAAGUGCCAGAAACGACAACAACAAUGGCCCGGGACAACAAGACAGAUAAGUCCGACAAUGAAUCCAUGGUGGCGCCCCCGACGACUUGGUACAUCGACGAUGACGAAGUGAGUCAUUUCGAGGAAGGGAAACGACCCAGGUCAGCCGAGGAAAAAGGCAAAGGAAUCGAUUACAGUCUGUACCACGAGGAUUCCGUCUUCAAGAUUCAAACACGUGGUUUCCCGCCUCCUCGUCCAUAUCCGGGCCCAAAGGAACGGUGCAAAUGUUACAACUGUACCAAGACACUUCUUUUGCGAGAAACGGCGCCAGCUGCGAACCAAGAAAACGGUUCAUUAAUGCAGACAUAUCAAGGACGGGUUCCAUCUUACCAAACGACCACCUCCACGCGCUCUUCGUGGUCCAUUUCCAGCAACCAAACGCCACCCGAAGACCAAUUCCCACCUCGACCCGCACUUCGACCCUCGCCAACGUACCUAGGCUCAUUACUCCCACCAUAUCAGGACACAUGGGCGCUCCCACCGCUGCAGAUUUCAGGGGACUUUAGCAAGGCGCCAGAGUUCACUGCUUUUACUCACACACCCACAGGCCGUCUUUCAGGGACCUUUCAGAAGUCUGUGGCUCCUAGGAAUGUGACUCCUUCCCGUUAUGGCAGUCACGGUGAAGAGGAAGACGAAAAUUUUUGGUCGGGAACUCGCAGCAAAAACAGGCAUGGUGACUCUGUGAAACCAGGUUUUCAUGGUUUUAUGAAGGGAGGAGAAACUUAUUAUCCAGCAGUGAAAGAACUUACGAAGAACUUGAAGACGAAGAGCUCGAAGACUACGACGAGCGAACAGAUACCGACGAAGGCAUGGACGGAGACAUGGACGAAGACACCGACAAAGACACCCCAGAAACUGGCUGGACCACAGAGAACAAAUCAGUCGCAGAGGUUACUGAAACACCAGAAUCACCCAUACAGCCACCGGCAAAUCCUAAAAAGCGAAGAAGAUCGUCCGAUAUCGAGCUCAUCCAGACACGUUUCCGCCGAGGUCACUUCCAACACAACUUUCGAUGCGAAUCAAGGAUACUACCAGGGGAUUAACACACAGGAACAUGAAUACGAACAUGAACGGUACGACGAAGUAAACAAUUACCUCUACGGCCGAGCCCCCUCAUAUGUCGGUCCUGGCCAGCGAACGCCCGACAUGUUCUUUGCCCGUACUCCUCCACUUGCUUUAACUUCUUCUUCUUCUUCUUCUUCUUUGUUCUCUUCUGCUUCCGCCCCUGUUUCCCCUGCUCUGCUGUCCCAUGUUUCCGAAGAAGGUGACAGCAACACUGAGGAAGAGGAUCCCGAGAUACACGACAACCUGGGGCACCAAAGCAACGACAAACAUGGACGCAGUCAUCGAAACUAUUACAGGCAAAGUAGUAGAAACAACAAGAGCAACAGUAAUGGCAAUCACCGCUCAUAUAAAACCUCUUGGUCUCUAAGUAUCUCUAUCGUUUCUACCAGGGCUAGAAGUCCCCGCGGCUUUAGGAACAGCAAGAGAGAGAACAAGAAAAACAGCAACGGAAGCAACGCCCACGCCGGUCCGAGCUCUUGGCACCACGAAACCAAAAUCUCAAGCACAAACAGAAAACGAUCCCUAACCACUUCCACAACCACCACAACCGGCUCUUCUCGCGUCUCGUCCCUCGAUGAAAUCACUACCAACGACAAUUCUUCCUCAGCUCCCAGAACGUAUUCCCAUUCUCAAACGCGCAGUGAUCAGACCACCACUGGCACUACUGGCACUACUGGCACCAUGGACAGUGGAAACGACAGUAGAGGUACACUAGAGGAAGAAGAAACAGGAGACAGCGAGAAUGGACUGUUAAGACAUGCGAGGACGGCGUCGUUUCAGGUGGAAACGGAUUUGUUAAUUAUCCCGUUGGAAGGAGUGGAGGAGUAUGUUGUUCCACCACCAUCAUCAUCAUCAUCAUCACAUUCGUCCUCUGACAGUAGAGGUAGAGGUAUUGAUGGCGAGUUCGAGAGUACCUCUAAGCAUGGUAUUGAUGGUUGUCUAGAGGUACCAUCUGAUGAUGCACCCGAAACCAACAUGAAUGGAGAUGGGGAAAGACGAGGGUGUGCAGAGGGAAAUAGAAAGAGAGACGAAGGAGGAGGAGAUAAUGUGGAAGGUUCAUGGGAAUGGGAAAGGGGAAGGAAGAGAGAAAGAGAAAGAGGAAGAGAAGGGACGGGAUAUAAUGACGUAAGAGGUGAAUAUGAAUAUGGGAGGGGAGGAUGGCGGAUCGUGGAUGGUGGGAAUGGAAGGGUGAAUGAAAGAGGAGGAGGAGGAGGAGGAGGAGGCAUAAGCAUCGAGGUUAGGGAGCUGAAAGACGAGGAAACGGAGACGGAGACGGACACGGAGAAGGGUGGGUCCGUUACUCCUAGUACUGGACAGUGA